AUCAUCUAUCUACAAGAUAUCCACGGCUAAAAGACAAGAGAGAAGAAGACAACAUGCUUUCAACCGUACAGAAGUCAACCAGAUACCUGUCUGUUUUUUCUACUGCUCGAGGACUCCAUAAGUCUGCACUAGAUGUGGCCGAGCGAACUGCCCCUGAGGAGACCGUGACCAACAGCUUUGCCAGGUUCAUUCAGAGCGUACAGCCAAGACAUUUGUCCCCAACCUUGCUGCACCGCAGCAAACGCAUGGUGUUGGACAGCAUUGGCGUUGGGCUGUUGGGAAGCACUACCGAUGUAUUUGAACUUGCCCUGCAACACUGCCAGCACAUGUAUGCUCCCGAUGACAUCAGCUUCAUCUACGGGCGCCAAGGCCUGAAGCUCUCUCCAACCCUUGCAGCUUUUGUCAAUGGAGUAGCGGCUCACUCAAUGGACUUUGACGACACUUGGCAUCCUGCGACCCACCCCUCUGGAGCAGUACUGCCCGCCCUGCUAGCUAUAAGCGACAUGUUGCCAACCAACAGCAAACCAAGUGGCCUUGACUUUCUCACCGCCUUCAAUGUGGGCAUCGAAAUACAGGGUCGACUCAUGAGAUUCUCAAAUGAGGCUCAAAACAUCCCUAAGAGGUUCCAUCCACCCAGUGUAGUGGGCACCCUGGGUAGUGCUGCUGCCUGUGCCCGCCUCCUUUCUCUGGACCGCAAUCAGUGCAGUAAUGCAUUAGCUAUUGCUGCAUCGCUGGCAGGUGCACCAAUGGCUAACGCUGCAACACAGUCCAAACCACUCCACAUUGGUAAUGCUUCUCGUCUGGGUCUUGAAGCAGCCCUGCUAGCAUCUCGUGGGCUCGAAGCAAGUCCUCUGGUCUUGGAUGCGGUUCCCGGGGUAUCUGGUUUCAGUGCAUUCUACGAAGACUAUGCCCCACACCCCAUCAGUUCCCUGGAGGACGAAGAGCACAGCUUCCUUCUGGAAAGUCAAGACAUUGCUUUCAAGCGCUUUCCCGCCCACCUGGGAAUGCACUGGGUCGCGGAUGCUGCCGCCAUUGUGCACAAGGCCAUGGUUGGCCUCAGAGGUGGCAGCAUCUCUCCAGACUUGGUGCAGGACAUCUUGCUAAGGGUGCCGAUCUCCAAGUACAUCAACCGUCCCUUCCCGGAGUCGGAGCACGAGGCGCGACACUCAUUUCAGUUCAACGCCUGCACUGCUCUGUUGGAUGGGGAGGUGACGGUGCAGUCGUUCCACUCUGACGCCCUCCACCGGCCUGAACUCCAUGUGCUCUUGUCUCGAGUCCGCUUGGAGCACCCGCAUGACAACCCGGCAAAUUUCAACAUAAUGUAUGGUGAGGUGGAAGUCACCUUGGUAAGUGGAGAUGUUCUGCGGGGGCGCUGCGACACCUUCUAUGGUCACUGGAGGAAUCCGCUCAGUGAGGAAAGCCUUCAUAAGAAGUUUCGUAAUAAUGCCUGUGCGGUGCUGACGUCUGAGAGAGCGGAGAGGCUCAUUGAUGCUGUAGAAGGCCUGGAACAUCUAGAUGACUGCAAACCACUGCUCGCACAGCUGCAGUAA